GUGAGCGAUGGGUGAAUCUCGGGCUCUGCCCAGGGCUGAAGCAUUGUGCCUCGGGCCGCCCGACUGGAAACACGCGUGUCACGUCCUUCUAUAUGCACCCUGCCCCGGCCGCCUAUUCGGGAAGUUCCCGCUGCGUUUUGCAGUCUUGAUGCAGAUGCGGUUUGAUGGUCGCCUGGGAUUUCCGGGUGGGUUCGUGGACCCCUGGGACCUCUCCCUGGAAGAGGGUCUCAACAGGGAGCUGCAUGAAGAGUUAGGCCCUGGUGCAGCCUUGCUACGUGUGGCCGAGAAGGACUACUUGAACUCCCAUGCCUCGGAGAGGCCGCAGCGUGUGGUGGCACACUUCUAUGCUAAACAGCUUAGCCUGGAGGAGCUCCGGACCCUGGAGGACAGGGCUACUCAAGCAAAAGACCAUGGCUUGGAGGUGCAGACAGGGUGGCGUAGGGAGAAUGUGAUGGGUCUCAUCCGUGUCCCCCUCUAUACCCUGCGUGAUGGUGUUGGGGGGCUCCCAGCUUUCCUUAGCAACACUUUCAUUGGCAAUGCCCGGGAGCAGCUCAUUCAUGCACUGGACACUCUCCAGCUCGUGCCAGGAGAGCAACUUCAGAAGGCUGCUUAUAUGACCCAGACGAGACCUUGAGCCUCAUUGACUGUGGCUGCCUUCGUCCCUGUUGAUGUGUCUGCAAUGCUGCUGUCUCCAAGAACAUUUAGACUCUUGAAUGGAGAAGCUGCAAGGAGAAAUCCAGGAGUAUGAGAAGGACGUUGGAAAUGGUCCUUACCCCCCUCCCCCCCAAUGAAUCAGAAUCCGGCCCUGAGAGGGCCAUGCCUCUGGACAAAGAUUUAAACAUCUGUGUGUUUAUAUGAUCGAUGGUGUCUGCCUGGCUUGGAUCUGGGUAGGCAAGCAAGGGUUAAGAGUGAAGCCUUGUGGUCCGUCUCUUUGCUUUUGGUGCACAUAUCUGUCAUUCAUACAUACUUACUCACAAGGGUUUCUUGCUUCCACUUUACAAAUAACACAGUGAUCCCUCUAUGCUGGCUGUUUUCCAUCCUUUAUUUGAGUUCUAGUAUUUGUAUCUCACGAAAGAGGGGUUCACUCUUCCCACAAAUCCCCCUUUCACAUCCCUAUCAGUUUAUCAUUGCUUUUAUUACUACACUGUUGGGAAACCUGCCUUUCUAAUCUUUUUACCAAUGCCCAAGCGAUGGUCUCAGAUUCUUGGUGACUCUUGGCUCGUAUAAUAUUUUUUUACUAGCUCAUAAGGAAGUGGCAAAUGGCCACUGGGGACAGCCGAUCUGUUUCCCUCCCUCUCGUUUUCCAGUACUGAUCAUGUGCUGAAAUAGGUGUGGAGAUUGUGAAUUAACGAUGAGGGAAGUGCCAUCUCUUAGCACAUCAGCAAAUGGUUGCGGUGUCAGUUUCACUGCAACCCGGGCCAAGGAGACACAGCUUUCUUUGUUCAGAACCAAUUAUGCGCACUUCAUGGCACUGACAUGGCUUUUGCUGCUGCUGUUGCUGCUGCAGUUCUGGUUGCAAAAUUUAAAGUGCUCUGUUAAGGACCGGGGUGCGAAAGAGGCGUGGAGGAGGGUGACAGAGAUAAGGGCCAUGUCUAACAUCUGCACAUAUUCCAUAAGAGCAGUGGUUCUUAACCUUUUUGGAGUCACACCUCCCUCGUGAAAAAUCUUAUGGCCCACGCCUCCCAUGUGUUAACGGCCCAAAAUUUAGGCUUAGGCAGGACGAGUCUGCAUUUUUUAGUUCUGUCUCUGGACUAAAAAAAAAAAAGCAUAUUCAAUGAAAAGAACACAAGCAAUGAACAGUUUUGUGGAAAUAAAACCUAUAUUUAAAAAAAGUAUUUCUAAUAACUACACACAUAAAAGGAUAAUUUCAAAAUAACUUCAAUGUGAUCGCUGUUGGUGUUUGUGCUCAGCAAGAGUAGUUAUUCGAGGAACAAGGUUAGACAAUGCUAGGUGCACAUCAUCUCUGGCAUUGAACCAAUUUCUAGCUUUGGUUUUUAUGCUGACAAGAGUUGAAAAUCCAGAUUCACACAGAUAGGUGGUUGGAAAUGGAAUUAAUGAUGAAAUAGCUUUCUUUGCCAGAAUAGGAUAUGCAGCCAUUUGAGAGCACCAAAAUUCAUCAAGAGUUUGAUUGAAGAAAUUUUGCUUGACCAAGGUUUUGCUCUGCAACUCAAUAAGGUCAUCUUUUUGCACAUCAGCAUCAUCCAUAGAGUGCAAAUCAAAUGGGAAAGGAUUUUGAACCCACAAUAGCUUUGGCUAUUGGGCAGUAUAGAAAUGUAAAAAAGAAUAAUACUUUUUGCAAGAAACCAGAAAAAAGUGACUUAGAACAAAGCAGUCACUUACCUUGUUACAACGCUAACGCAUGUGUAGCAGGUAACGAUAACUACUAUAACACACGUGGUGUACAAAUGAGCUAUGUCGUAGCUCCCAAGAUUAGUAGAAAGAAAUAAGGUUGGGCCAAGCUGCGCUGCUAUGUACUUGUAAAAUAAACAAUUUAUAAUUGAGAGGCUACUCUCACCUCCCCUGGAGUCGGUCCAAACCUCCCCUGGGGAGGCGUACUCCACCGGUUAAGAACCCCUGCAUAAGAGUAUCUAUAUGAAUGUGGAAUGUGGCACCAGGGUUAGUAUUAAGCCUCUGGAGAAGGGUUGGGGAACCCACGGUCCUCCGGAAGUUGCUGAACUGCAACUCCCAGGAUGAGGAUGAUGGAGAUUGAGUCUGGAAGUUCUCCAGCCCUUCUCUGGUGGAUCUCUGAUUUCAUACAUUGGGGGGGGGGGAAGCAACUUUCUUGCUCUUGUGCCAAUGAAGGUAGGCUAGAAAAAUGUGAGGGCAAUUUUUGGUGAGACCUCUCAAUCCAGAAAGGGUGGGAGAAGGUGGAGGGUCAAGAAUAAAUGCUAGGGACUUCCUUGAUCUUUGUAUAUCUGCAUCUCUUUCCAUGAUGAGCGGAAAAA